AUGCUAGAUCUAUUUGCAUCGUUGGUUGAGCAGCACUUCAUGUGCCGUUUCCCUACACGCUCCCACUGGCCAGGUCCGCAUCGCCACUCUAGCGGUGACAAAAUGGUAGAGGAGAGUAAUAACAAAUCUAAAACAAAAAAAGAAGAAAUGUUGGAACCGAAGGGACCCGAUAAGGAAGCUAGCAGCAGCGCGUUGUUUCCAGUGGAUAUGUUGGAACUAACACAAGGAACAACCGUACGAAGCAGCACCCUACCCAUCAUGCAACAAAUGCAGCAAUCUUCUUUUUCGUGGUCUCAACUCCCAAACUUCGUCGGUGACACCGACAGCCCUUGUAAGCAGAGUCCCAGCAUACGUUGGGAUUGGUCUGCAGCAAGGACAGCAGCUGAGCGAGUGCCCCAAAAAACAAAUACUCAGGGAUUAAGAGAGUGUAAACAACUUCAGCCACAGGGAGAGGGUCAUUUCUCUAGUGUUAUUCACCAUCGACAGGGAAACCACAGUCUGCACCUUACGGUUCACCAUGGAUGGCACUCAGCGGUAACCACCGCAAGAGCAAAUAUUCGCCAGGAGCAAACAAAUGUACCCCAGGGACUGUUAAUGUAUAGAGCACCGCCGUGUACCUCAUUUUUCCCACAAUUUGAAAGUGUAGUGAAUAGCACUACCCACGGUGAUAUGGAUUUCUCCACUUCCAUCCCACAACUCGGGCCACUUCAGGACGGAUUGGGGAGUGUAACAGAUCCAACUCUGUAUAGCACGCACGAGCAGAUGAUGAAUUCUGAAACGUGCCACAGUCGAACAGUUGGGUACAUAACUUUAGGAUCCAACGACACAAAUCGUAAGUAUGGUGAUGAGGAUGCAUCUAAACAAUAUAUUGGAAUUGGUAGCGAAGUAGUCAUCCCCACGGUAGUGCCAAAUACUAUUGAGUCGUUGCAGGGCACUACCAACACAAUAAAGGAAGGCACGCUUUUGCAAAGCUCACGUCUUAUUUGUUUGGAGGACAGCGGGUACGGGGGUGGAGAAGCGCAAGAGAUUCCUUUGAAGCAUGUUAACUCUCCUCGUAGAAGGAGGACCGCGGAAUGCACUUAUUGCUUGUAUGAACGCCCUUUGCACUGUGAUGCGAGAGAUGGAUCGGAUGAGUACCGUCCCGAGUUUUACGUAGGGUUGGAUGAUGAUUACCAUCAAGAUUACAAAGUGUUUGAUGCACUUUCCAUCGUUACUACCAGCUCUUGUUGCUUCGGAAUGGGUAUGAAGGGCUUAAAACCACCCGAAACGUCCGAAAACGUGCAACGUUUCCUAACGUUAAUAAACCGCUGCUCCUCAACAGAUGGAGAUUCGGACGGGGAGCGGGAGGUAACGGUGGUAACUGAUGGUGGCGAAGCAGAUCCGGCAUUUCCUGUUGAGUUUCUCACAAUGCCUCAUAAGGAGGAAGCACCACUGCAAUUACUGCCAUCAUCUUCUACUACUGAUUCCAAACACGUGAGUUUUGCUCGUAUCGGUAAUGCAAAACCCCCUGCAUCAUAUGCAUUCGAGGAGUUUGUUUAUGCUGAGAAGUUAAAAGCAAAGCAAGAAAACUCACUCGCUGUAUCGAAACACAUCAAGGAGGCUCGGGCGGCGUAUGAUAUUUCUAACCAAGUUCCAGCCCACGACGCUCCAUUAGUGUUUGGCAAUUACCCAACAGUAACUCGGGAAACGGCACGUAUGUCUCAUGGUGGUUGCUCUCAGCAUAUGUGGACCCGCAAUCAAGGGAGUGAUGAGGUCGCUUCUCCUCAUUUCUGGCGGAGGGGAUCCGAUGAGGCGGGAGAGCAGCGACGGGAAAUACACACAUUUGUACGCCGAUGGCUCGAAGAAGUACAUGAGGCCACCGUGGUAACGCAACAUAAGGGGUGA